AUGUACAUCAUAGCACUGGAUGUACAUCAUAGUACUGGAUGUAUUACCUUGACUGUUUUAAAUGCACAAUCCUUGAAUAAUAAAGCUGUGAUUUUUAACGAUUUUAUUUAUGAACAUCAACCAGACCUUCUUGCAGCAACUGAAACUUGGUUCAGCGAUAGAGAAUCUGCAUCAAAAACUCAGUGUACCCCUGGUGGCUAUAAGUUUUUUGAUAAUCCCCGUUCUGGUCGUCAGGGAGGAGGUACUGGGUUACUUUUUAAAAACAAUCUUCAGGCUGCUAAGGUUGAUGGUGGCGAACGUCAAUCAUUUGAAUACUCGGAAUGGAAAGUUACUUCAGGUUCACAGCGAAUAAAUUUAAUUAUAGUGUACAGACCACCAUAUUCUGUAGCCCACUCGGUUACCAGUGCUGUAUUCUUUGUGGAAUUCGCAGAAUACCUAGAAUCAAUAGUUCUGAGUGCAGAUCCUCUUCUUAUUGUCGAGGACUUUAAUAUUCAUAUCGAUUCUAAUGAAAACUAUGAUGCUAUCAAGUUCUUGGAACUUUUGCAGAGUUUCAGCCUGACUCAACAUGUUGAAGUCCCCACACAUUCCAGCGGCCACACCCUUGAUUUAAUAAUAACUCGGAAAACUGACAAUCUAGUUUCUUCUGUGCCUAGAGCUGUUUGUUUGUUUUCAGAUCAUAUGCCUGUCUUCUGCGAACUUGAUAUGGGUAAGGUACGUUUUACUAAAUCAAAAGUUUCGUAUCGGAAUCUUUCGGCGAUGAAUCUGGACGCUCUGCGAGCUGACCUUUCUAACUCUGAUCUCUGUAAAAACACUGAUAUGUUUGAUGUAAAUGAGCUUGCUAUGUGUUAUAAUGAAACACUUAAAUCAGCCAUAAAUAGGCAUGCUCCAUUAAGAACUAAAACGAUCGUUACUCGGCCCUAUUUACCUUGGUUUAACACUGAAGUAAAAUCUGCAAAAAGAGAGCAAAGAAGAGCUGAACGAAAAUGGAGAAGAACUAAACAGCCUCAUGAUUUUCAAAUCUACAAAUCUAAGAAAAACUAUAUGAUAUUUGUAAUGAACCGUUCUCGGAAAAAAUUUUAUACAGAUUUUGUCCUGGAACAUAGUUCAGAUCAACGGAAACUAUUUAACGCCGCUAAGUCUCUCUUUCAUCAGAGAAAUGAUCUUAAUUUUCCCGCCUAUGAAGACCAGAUUAUGUUAGCUAAUGAUAUUGGAGAAUUUUUCGUGCAGAAAAUUGAAAACAUUCGAAGUGAACUUGAUUUGUCAGCUUCAGACUUGCACAAUCGUGUCUUCGAUGAAUCUAUUACAUUGAAUGCCUGCUUUGAUUCAUUUGAGCAAUUAAGUGAAGAAGAUGUAAAAAAUUUGAUAACUAAAUCAAAUGGGAAAACUAGUUCAUUGGACCCAAUGGCGACUUCGAUUGUCAUACAGUGUCAAGAUAUUCUUCUUCCUGUUCUUACAAGGAUGAUAAACAUGUCAUUAGAUUCUGGAGUUUUUCCUCCUGAAUGGAAGGUAGCGGAUGUUUGUCCGUUACUUAAGAAAUCGAAUUUGGACACUUGCGCUGCUUUUGAAAACCUUAGACCUGUUAGCAAUCUGUCGUACGUAUCGAAGCUUACUGAACGUACGGUCUUCAAUCAAACAAACGAUUUUCUGAAUACACAAAGAUUGUAUCCUAAAGGUCAGUCGGCAUAUCGUAAAUGCCAUAGCACUGAAACGGCUUUGCUACGAGUAACAAACGAUAUCAUGAUGAAUAUGAACCGUCAACAUGUUACUCUAUUGGUAAUGCUAGAUCUUAGCUCCGCAUUCGACACCGUUGAUCAUGACAUCCUGCUUCGUAGACUGAAUCUUGAAUUUGGAAUAAAGGGGCGGGUUCUAGAGUGGUUUACUUCUUAUCUCAGUAAACGUUCUCAAUUUAUUUCAGUCAACGGUGGCCGAUCUAGACUUUUUGAUGUAUCAUGUGGAGUCCCUCAGGGAUCAUGUUUGGGUCCCCUACUAUUUGUACUAUAUGUUAGUAAACUGUUUAGCAUUGUGGAAAAACACCUACCUCUGAUGCUCAUGCAUUCGCUGACGAUUCACAACUCUAUGUAUCGUUCAAACCAGAUUCGACAUGUGAUCAACUUGCUGCAGUUGCUGCCUUAGAACAUUGCAUUGAUGUUAUAAAGGAUUGGAUGCUCUCUGAUAAAUUAAAGGUUAAUGAUGGUAAAACAGAAUUUCUAAUCAUUGGAACUCGGCAACAACUAGCGAAGGUCAACUUUAAUUCUUUGAGAAUUGGCGACAAUUCUAUCAACUCGAUUGACAAGGCAAAGAAUUUGGGAUUCUGGUUUGACUCGCAGACAGGGGCGGCGGAACAGGGGGGGCUAGGGGGGCUAAAGCCCCCCAGAAGUAAAAGUGGGGGGCUUAGCCCCCCCAGAAAAUUUGAAUUUUUUGAAAACAUUUUGAUAAUUAGGGAAAAAUUUAGGUUAUUUUUUGAAAAUUUAGGUAUAAGGGGACAAAUUUGCAAUAUUUUGUUUAAAAAAAGUGUAUUUCCGAAAAAAAUUUUUGAUAUAAGUCCGAAAAAAAUUUUUUUGUCCCUUUUUUUGUAUAUUGUACCCCUAAAGUGGUACACUGACCGAAAUUUUUUGGCGACGGGGGGGAGGUCGCCGAAAAAAUUUAGCCCCCCCAGAACGAAAUCUGUUCCGCUGCUCGCAGAUGAAAAUGGUAACUAACAUAAGAAAGUGUUCAAGUGCUGAAUUUUUUAACAUUUUUAACAUUAGACGGAUAAGAAAAUUCCUCACCUAUGAUACUGCGAAAAUAUUGGUCAAUUCGUUGGUGAUAAGUCGAUUGGACUAUUGCAGUAGCCUUCUUUAUGGUCUCCCAACAAUUCAUCUUAACAAGCUCCAGCGUGUCCAAAAUGCCGCAGCUAGACUGAUCAGCAAUACUUCACGGUUUGAUCACAUCACCCCGACUUCGAUGAAUCUACACUGGUUGCCGGUAAAGUCUAGAAUAGACUUUAAACUGCUAUUAAUAGUUUUUAAGGCAUUGCAUGGGCUGGCACCUGAUUACUUAAUUGAACUAAUAAAUAUUACAGGUAAACUACGUGAAGCGUUCCUCUUUUGACUUCGUAACUCAUUUGGAAUUUUCCUCAUUGGCUUUGCAAAUUUGAAAAACUCUUUGCAAAUCCCUUGAGGGAAUUUGCAAUGUUCCUAUCGGCUGUUGCAAUAUUCCAAACUUCAUUUUAAAUUUUCCUAACUUCCUGUUUUAAUUUCUUAACUUCCUGUUCUGUUCUGAGCGUUGUUAUUGGUCGAUUAUUUUUGUUAGCCAAUUGCAACGCCCAGAACAGAACAGGAAGUUAGGAACUUGUAACAGGAAGUUAAGAACUUCUAACAGGAACUGAGGAAAAUUUAUUUGGCUUUUAUCAACAUUGCAAAUUUCCUCAAGGGAUUUGCAAGGGAGUUUUUUAAAUUGCAAAAGUAAUGAGGAAAAUUGCAAUCAAUUUAGAAACUCAAAAGAGGAACGCUUUACGUAGUUUACCUGUAAGUCUCCAUCUAACUAUAAUAUUAGAUCGAACAGAGAAAUUCUUCUUGAGCCACCUUCUGUGAAGACUUUGGCUACGUUAGGUGAUCGAUCAUUUGCCUAUGCGGCACCCACGCUUUGGAACUCCUUACCUUCAUAUAUCCGAGAGGUUAUAUAUGAAGGUAAGGAGUUCCAAAGCGAGACAGUUUUAAAAGACUUUUAAAGACAUACUUAUUUAAGAAAUCCUAUAUGUAAAUAAAGUUUGUAAUUUAGGUUAAUGUUAAAGAAUAAUUUUAACUAAAUAGUUCUAACUAAUUUUAUAUUCUACGUAUCAAAUUGUCAUGCGCAUAUGAACAUAUCCCAAAUGGAAUAUGCGCAUUAUAAAUGUAAUUAUUAUUAUUAUUAUUAUUAUUAUUAUUAUUGCAUCAUAGUACUGGAUGUACAUCAUAGUACUGGAUGUACAUUAUAGCACUGGAUGUACAUCAUAGUACUGGAUGUACAUCAUAGCACUGGAUGUACAUCAUAGCACUGGAUGUACAUCAUAACACUGGAUGUACAUCAUAGCACUGGAUGUACAUCAUAGUACUGGAUGUACAUCAUAGCACUGGAUGUACAUCAUAGUACUGGAUGUACAUCAUAGUACUGGAUGUACGUUACAUGCACCUUGUUUGUUUUGAAAGUAAACAUCAUGCACCUUGUGUUUGCCAAGCGACAUUUUUGUUUUGAUAAGAUUCUCAACAUUUUGUUUCUCAAAUGUUUGCUCAUCUUGUUUUAGAUGGAAGAUCAGCAUAGACAGAUACACAUAUUUUCAUGUGCCAAAACCACGAAAGGUUUGUAAAAUUCUAUCAAACUAAUUUGGUCCUUUCCUGCAACCACAACUUGCAAGUGAAAAAAUAUAAAAAACGUAGGCCCACACGGCUUGAACAACCGAUCACUGAUCAGUGAUUGGCAAGAAAUUGCUUAUAUGAUCGGCGUAAAAGCAGGGUUUCCAACUUGAAGAAGCAAGUCAUGAUUGCCGAUCACCAUGAUUGGGAACUUUGGGAAGUAAUAUAUGAACAACGAGAGCGAGUGUUUCACCGGGAUAUCCAAACACGAGAAAACAAUGUAUGAAAACACGAGCGCGAAGCGCGAGUGUUUUCAUACAUUGUUUUCGAGUGUUUGGAUAUCCCGGUGAGACACGAGCUCGAAUUGUUUAUAUGGCUUCUCAAAUGAAUUGAGACGUAACAGAAUGUUUUCGUUUGCUGAUUUGAAUAUAAUUCUUAACCAAGCAUAACGUAAUUAGGAAUUCUAUUCAAGUAAUUUUGCAUGCGUAAUUAAGAUAUUUGAUGAAAACACUAGUGACUUUCAUCAAGUAUCCAAAUGGCAUCUUGUGAUCAAAUAGGUGAUUAUCAUUGGCUAAUUUACUCAUGAAUUAUUAAUUUGAGAAACUUAUUUCAAGACCUGGCUCGGGAACCUUAUUGUAAAACUGUUUGAUAGUUAAACAUUUUUUCUUGAUUUUAGAUAUUUAAGAUGAACAAUUAUUUUUCUGUUGGAUGUGAUGCUACGGUCGUCUUAAAAUUUCACAAACAUCGCGAACAGCAACCUUCGUUAUUCAGUAGUCGUUUAUUUAAUAAGGUACACUUGAACAGCAUAAUCAAUCAAGAUCGAACCAUUAACUAUUUUAAUAAUGACUUGGGGUUGUUGCAGUUUUUGUCAAAUUGAGGUUGAAAAUUGGGGUUUAAAAUUCAGGGACUGACUUGAAGUAUUUUGUUUUAAGGCAAUUUAUUUUGGUUAUGGUGUCAAUGAAGUGUUAGAAGCUAAUUGUAAAAAUCUUCAAGAAAAAAUUCAGGUAGAUUCUACAGCAUUUUUCAUCCAAACUUUUUACAUUGGUUAAACCUGGUUUACACUAUCAAAGUUUCUGUGAUCACAGUAGGAUUUUUUGAAGGAUUUGUAAGAAAUGUUUGAGGAAACUGACUCAGUGUUUACUGUCGUUCCAAUUGAAGUGUUGCUCAAAUAUUGAUUCAAUACAUUACCUCAGGCUGACCAAUUCAUUUCAUCAAGUUCCUCGAGAUAUUCAUACACUUCCUGUGAAAGAGCUAAUUCCAUGUAUUUGAUCAUUUCUGGCCACUUCCUUUCUAUUUAUGAUUGGUUAGUUGCACAAACAACAAAGGUGAUUGGUGCAUUCAAAAGGAAGUUUACAAUUAUACUAGGAAGCUAGUGUAUGAAUAUUUCGAGGAACUUGAUGAAAUGAAUUAGUCAGCCUGAGGUAAUGUAUUGAUUAUUGAAUCAAUAUUUGAGCAACACUUCAAUUGGAACUACAGUAACACUGAUCACUUCCCUUGAAAGUUUCGUACAAAUCUUUUAAAACAAAUCUUUACAAAUCUUUUACAAACUUUUAUCUAUUCAAAAUUCCUACUGUGAUCACAGAAACUUUGAUAGUGUAAACCAGAUUUGAUCAUUUGGAGCUAGAUCAACAUACAACUCCAGUGGCGGAAAUUCACUUUUUCCGGUGGGGGGGGGGGGGCAAAGCCUCCUAAAUUUCCGUGAAGGUGGGGGGUGGCAGCCACCCCCUCCCCCCAAGAUUUCUGCCACUGUACAACUCUCAUACUCCUAGGUUGUCCACAGGUUGAGUAAAAUUACUGAAUAAAGUGAAUUACCGGUAUUAUAUAAACAUAAGUGUUAUAUAGAGUUUUUGGCCACUUAGAAAAAUCGUAUUUAAACACACGUAAAAAAUACGAUAUUUUUACGUGUGAAAAUAUCAUUUGUUGUAAAACGCAUUGCCACAGACGUUUUAUUGUUUUUCACUGAAUUUUGUUUAUAUAAUAAACAGAAAAAUACAUGGAUGCUUGGAAAUACCAGAUUUAUUUGUCGUGUUGAACAAGAUAUAUCAUGUUCAACACUCGAAAUAAAUCUGGUAUUUCCGCGCACCCAUGUAUUAUUCUCUAUUUAUUUGCUGGACAAAUCCGUGCCAUUCUCAAAAUUUUUCCCAGUUCUAGGUCGUUGAAUUUACUGAAAAAGGGCCUUGAAAGUCCUGAAAAAUCACCAAAGGGUUGACACCCUGAAUAUACAACUAUAUGUCUGUUGUGUUGCAUGGUCUGUGAUGCGUUUUUGUUGCUUUUAGCUGGAAAUGGAUGGUAGGAUCAUUGACUUGCCAGAGUUGGAAGGAAUAGUUGUGUUGAAUAUAAAUAGCUGGUGUGCUGGUGUGAAAAUGAUCUCUGGAAAUGAUGAGGAUCUCCCCCCUGUAAGGUAAGCUUCUUGCAGUGAUAAUAUGAAAAGUUUAGGGGGGUAUGUACAAGCUUUCGUGAAUAAUAUAAAGAGAAUUUUGACGUUUCGAGCGAAGGCCCUUUCUCUGGAUUGCAGUCAGCAAUUGGCUCAAACAAGAAUGCGAGUUGAGAAGCGAGAGUUUGCAUGAGAGUUUUCUUAACUCUCAUGUCCCGGUCAAACGAGAACAAGAGUUGCAUGAGAGUUGAUGAGAGUUGAGAAGCGAGAGUUUGCAUGAGAGUUUUCUCAACUCUCAUGUCCCGGUCAAACGAGAACAAGAAUUGAUGAGAGUUGACUGGAUAUUAACCCGCGCGUAGCGAAAACUCUCUUCAAAAUUUGAAGCAGUUCAAAGUCGACGAGAGUUGGCGGUGAAACGUGAGCAAAAGUUACAACUCUCAUCAACUCGCAUCCUCGUUUGACCGAGGCUUGAGUUAUUAUGCUUGUACGUUUUCCACAGUAAUUUUUCGACUUAGUUUCAGCGAUGGGAAACUGGAAGUCUGUGGUCUAUACUCGUCGUUUCAUAUUGCAAGAAUGCAGGUGAAUCUCGCGGAUCCGCUGUUACUUGGACAAGCACAUGAAGUCAAGGUAUUGGCUGUUUUGAAAUUGGAAACGAACAAUACAGAAAGUACGUCACGUUGCCUCGUUUGAGACAUUGAGCUUUAUUAACUAAUGUCAUAUACACGAAAGCGAGGCUCUGUAGCGAAAGUGACGUACUUCCAGAAGGGUGGGUUCACAAAAUAGUGCCAUUUAUGUAAUUCAAUAUAUCGCGAUAGGUACGUCGAUAAGUCUUGGUUUAUUUAGGGACUGUUUAUAUGGUCUCGCUUACCCGGGAUUCAAUGAAGUGUGAAGUAUUUUGAGCAACUGAAAUACGUUUUUUAUCCCUAAACAAAAGUUAGAUAACUUUCAAUAUUGUUUAAACGAGAUUAGGAACGCGCUAGAAGUUAUGUAGUGGAAGAAGACGAUUAUUAGCAUUCAACAACAUCUGGUUUUUUGUCUAAAACAUGGAAUUUCGUACAAUUUGUAACAAGCAAUUUUGUUAGGUCAUGAAGUGCGACUUAUUUCAAUUGCUCAAAAUACGUCACACUUCAUUGAAUCCCGGGUAAGCGAGACCAUAUAAACAACCCCUUAUGCCUCAGUUACACAAGGGACAAGGCCCCAGGGACAACAACACACUGUUGCAAAUUAUUGAUCCUGAAACAAAUUUUGCAGAUCAGAGUAAAAGAGAAGCGACAAUUGCCAAUGCAGAUUGACGGGGAGCCCUGGGAACAAGGACCUGGUGUGGUAACAUUAUCACAUCUGAAUCAAACUAUGAUGUUGACCAGUGAUAUACCCAUGUGA